AUGGCUAAAGAAGGUGGCAAAGGUGGCGCGAAGGUUGAGGAGGUACACCCACAUCCGGUGAUGGAUCAGCUACCUGGCAUUCAGUAUUGUGUUAACAGUCCUCCUCCUUGGCCAGAAGCACUUUUACUAGGGUUCCAGCAUUAUCUUUUGAGUCUUGGUAUGAUCGUCUUGAUUCCAAGUAUUACAGUUCCUCAAAUGGGUGGUGCCAAUGGGGAGAAGGCUAAGGUGAUACAGACCUUACUCUUCGUUUCGGGAUUGAACACAUUAUUUCAAACCUUAUUUGGGACUCGACUUCCAUCGGUGAUUGGUGCUUCGUACUCAUAUCUAAUUCCUGUGACUUAUGUUCUACAAGCCAAGAGAUACAAUUCAUUCCUAGAACCUCAUGAGAGGUUUGAAAAAACAAUGAGAGGCAUACAAGGUGCUUUGAUUGUUGCCUCAUUCUUCCAAAUUGCUAUUGGUUUCCUAGGCUUCUGGAGAAAUCUUGUAAAGUUUGUUAGCCCUCUUUCCAUGGUUCCUAUUGUGACUUUUACUGGACUUGGGCUUUACCAAUUCGGUUUCUCAAUGCUGGCAACAUGUGUUGAAGUUGGGCUCCCUGAAUUAAUUUUAAUGGUUGUCAUAUCACAGUAUGUUCCUCAAUAUGUAAAAACAAAGAGGCCAAUAUUUGAUCGAUAUGCUGUGCUGUUCUCGGUUGCUGUUGUAUGGGUUUAUGCACAAAUUCUAACCGCGAGUGGUGCAUAUAAUAAAUCUACGGAGAGAGAGUCUAUUUGCCGCACUGAUCAUGCUGGACUCAUUGGUGGAUCUCCUUGGAUAUAUAUGCCUUUCCCAUUCCAAUGGGGGACUCCCACUUUUGAUGCCGGGGAAAUUUUCACAAUGAUAGCUGCGUCCUUUGUUGCUACUGUUGAGUCUACUGGUACAUUUUUUGCAACAGCGAGAUAUGGAAGAGCCACACCUGUGCCACCUUCUAUUAUCAGCCGCGGUGUUGGCUGGCUGGGGAUCAGUACUUUUCUGGAUGGCAUGUUUGGCUGUGUAACUGGAUCUUCUGCAUCAGUUGAAAAUGCCGGUCUAUUGGCAUUGACGAGAGUUGGGAGUCGAAGAGUCAUUCAAAUAUCAGCUGGGUUUAUGAUCUUCUUCUCUAUAUUAGGAAAAUUUGGAGCAUUGUUCGCUUCAAUACCUUUGCCGGUCAUAGCAGCUCUAUACUGCAUCUUCUUUGCCUAUGUUUCUUCUGCAGGCCUUGGUUUUCUCCAAUUUUGCAACCUGAACAGUCUAAGAACAAAAUUCAUACUAGGUUUAUCGUUCUUCCUGGGACUUUCAGUACCACAAUAUUUCAAGGAAUGUCAAUUAAGUUCCGGAGUUGGUCCUGUUCACACGCAUUCUAGAUGGUUUAAUGACAUAACGUCUGUCGUCUUCAUGUCCCACACAACGGUGGCUGCUCUAGUUGCCUUGUUUCUGGAUUGCACUGUUUCUCGAGGAGAUGAUGAAACUCGAAGAGAUAGUGGCUCACACUGGUUGGACAAGUUUGUAGCGUAUGAUACAGAUGUCAGGACUGAUGAAUUUUAUGGACUGCCAUGCAAGCUUAAUAAGCUAUUCCCGCCUUUAUAA